CACACACAGCGCUUGUGAGUGUGUGAGCUCUUCCACAUGCUCCCUGUAUUAUUACUUUAACUCACUUUUUCUUUCUUUAUAGCAGGUGCUGGUGUGCAGCAGAGCUUUUAUUAGUGGUCAGUCUUACAAUGACCAGUGCAGAAACGGAAAUAAAGACAGGCUAUGCUAGUGGAGAUGAGGAAUGGCUUUAUGGAGAUGGUGAAGAUUUGGCUGAUGCCGAAGGUGAGGAUGAAGAGAAGGCGGAGACUGAGGUUUUCAGUGCUCUGGUCGGAGAUGUGGAGGGAAUUACUGAAGUGGAAAACCAGGAUGCUACUGCAGAAAGUGACUCGGACAGUGAUGACAAUGUGCGUGUUACCAUUGGCAACAUAAAAUCCAGCGGAAGCCAGAACACUAACACUCCUAUCAGUCUUGACAUAAAGACAUCAGGAAAAGCCACUGCAGCAGAUGCAGCAGGCAGCAUCAGCAGCACACCAGAGGUGGAUGUGGAGCCGCAUGAGGAGAAGCCUUGGAGAAAACCAGGUGCGGACCUGUCAGACUAUUUUAACUACGGCUUCAACGAGGACACCUGGAAGACCUACUGCGACAGACAGAGAAGACUACGCAUGAGCUUAGAGGUUCUGACCUUAAGCUCCGCUUCCAAAAACCUGGUUAGUUGGGGUGAUCUCACUAUUAAAGCUGAGAGUUCCUCCAGGAGGUCAAACAGCUCAAUAGAGGUCAUUGAAGGACAGAUGGAGACCAUUAGUCGAGUAGAAGGAAGAAGACGUCGCAGUACAGAUGAAGAAAACACGCAGACCGCCUCUGAAAACUCCUCAGCGACUGACCAGAAUUCCUCCAAGCCGCCUCCCAUCUUUCCAUCAAACAUACCUCCUCCACCUUUCCCUCUUCUCUCCAUCAGCACCACUCCACCCCUCAUCCAGCCCCCUCCACGACUGUCGAUGAGCGUCCCACCACCUGGUUUCCCUCUUCCUCCUGGAGUUCCUUCUCCCUCCAUGAUGGCUUCACUGGACAGGCUGAGGCGUUACAGCAGGAGAUUAAGCAGACAGAGUAGACACCGCAGCCAGUCUCCUAUCAGCAGAAGCUCACACAGUCUUUUCAUACAGGAUUCAGGCAGUUUAUCUCAUUUUACAUGGCAGAUCUUCUCGAGCUUUUGCAGACUGAAUGUGGGCAUUCCGGGAGAAGUUACGAUGGCCACUCUGCUCUGCCGUACCCCUUUCCUCCAGGUGCAUUUCCACCACUCAUGGGUAGUGUUCCCCCCUGGCCAGGCUUGGUUUACCGCACCAAGCCAUGGGAGUAUUUCACCUCCAAAGACAAAGAGAGAGAGAGAAACAAGGACAGAGAGAGGACCCGAGAUCGAGACAGGGACCGAGAGCGGGGCAAAGAGCGGGAUCGGGAGCGUGACCGGGAUAGAGAGAGGGACCGAGAACGGGACCGAGAACAUGAGAGAGAACGCGAGAGAGAACGCGAGAGGGAACGAGAGUACACGCCCUCAUGUCAGGGCCACAGUAGUGAUGAAGAGCGCAUUUCGAGGCACAGGGACCAGGGUGACUUGGAGAAAGAGAGAUAUCGGGAGCGCUCCGGUAGAGAGAGAGACAGAGGAGACUGGCAUCGGGAUAGAAGACACAGGGACCGGAGUGAACGGAACAGAUCUUCACACAGUGGCAGCAGUAGGAGAAGACAUGCCAGUGAUGACGGAGAGAGCCACAGGAGGCACCGUCACAAACGCUCCAAACAUAGCCGAGACAGAGCAGAACCCAGCGAGGAGCGCAGUACCGAGCGCAGCACUGAACGCGACAACCAAUCAGAGGCCACUGAGUAACCAUCUGGCCAGAAAUUAUUUUGCCUUGACCGAGCGGGGUCAUGGCAGUGUGAUCUUAAUUUUAUUCUUAAGUGAAGUGACAUGAUAGUAUCUUUAUUUGGGCCAAUCAGAGGCCUGGCUCAUCAGGAGCUGCUUUUUGUUACAUUUUAAAGGUAAAUGUGUGAAUGGACUGGUUUAUAGGACUAAUUUAUUUGCCAGGUUGCCAGGUUAUUAAGUAUGCCUACCUUCAACGUACACUUAUUAGCUGUAGCCCAGCUGUUGUCCAAAGUCAUCCACCAAUUAACCACCAGGUUCCAAAUAUUAUAUGGGUUUUAAACUGUUCUCAGCACAGCAGUAAAGCUGUAGUCUUUGUAAUGAUGGUACCAGUGUGGACAUUAUUACUCAUACCAACCUCAUUACUGCACUCUGACGGUAUACUAUUACAGACUAUAGCUUUUUCUUCAUUGCUUUUUCUUGCAGUGGUCAGUUUUUAACCAUUGACUGCUCUUGGCAGGAUAUUUUUGGUUCGUAGGGAAAGCACUGACAUUAAAAAAGAAACACCCAGCAACACACACACACACACACACUAUAGUGUCACUAGGGUCAUAGUGUAACUGCUGUACUUGGAUAAUCCACCACACAAAUACUACUUUUCAGUGAUCCCUCCCUUUCAUCAUGUAAUAAAGCAUUGGUGAUGUGUUGCGCAUGGCAUCAGAUGGGCUACGGUCAAAGUGUAUGUACACUGAUCAGCCAUAACAUUAAAAGCACCUCCUAGUUUCUACACACACUGUCCAUUUUAUCAGCUCCACUUACCAUAUAGAAGCACUUUGUAGUCGAUCUGUUUCUCUACAUACCUUUUUAGCCUGCUUUCACCCUGUUCUUCAAUGGUCAGGACCCCCACAGGACCACUACAGAGCAGGUAUUAUUUAGGUGGUGAAUGAUUCUCAGCACUGCAGUGACAAUGACAUGGUGGUGGUGUGUUAGCUUGUUGUGCUGGUAUGAGUGGAUCAGACACAGCAGCACUGCUGGAGUUUUUAAAUACCGUGUCCACUCACUGUCCACUCUAUUAGACACUCCUACCUAGUUGGUCCACCUUGUAGAUGUGAAGUCAGAUAUGAUCACUUAUUUAUUGCUGCUGUUUGAGUUGGUCAUCUUCUGUCAGCAGUAACAGUGAGGUGUCACUUAUCCACUCAUACCAGCACAACAUGUCAGUGUCACUGCAGUGCUGAGAAUGAUCCACCACCUAAAUAAUACCUACUCUGUAGAGUCCUGACCAUUGAAGAACAGCAUGAAAGGAGACUAACAAAGCAUGCAGAGAAACAGAUAGACUACAGUCAGUAAUUGUAGAACUACAAAGUGCUUCUAUAUGGUAAGUGGAGCUGAUAAAAUGGACAGUGAGUGUAGAAACAAGGAGGUGGUCAUAAUGUUGGUCAAAUGCCUGAUUGGUGUAUAUGGUAGGUAUACCUGACAAAAACAGUAGCAGCUCAAUAAGACAGACCAAAGAAUAUGACCAAACGUCUGCAAACUUUUUAAUUUAAGCAUUUAAAAGAGACCUGAAUGGCAUUUUGAUUGUUAAUUUAAUGUUAAUAAUAUUUAUGUUGUGCCAAAUGGUAAUUUUGUUGAUUGAAGAAAACAGCAUUAUAAAUAAUUUGAUAAAGCA